AUAACAGUUUUAGAUUGCUGACUGAACUGGACAGAUGAUUACACUUGGAGCUGAUGCCCAACUUGAACUGGUGGAUUCUCUGGAUCCUUUCUCUGAAGGUGUUGUUUUCAGUGUUAGAACACCCAAGAAAAGCUGGAAGAAUAUUGCUAACUUAUCCGGUGGUGAAAAAACUCUUAGCUCGUUAGCACUUGUUCUUGCCCUUCACCAUUACAAGCCUACCCCACUUUAUCUCAUGGACGCAGUUGAUGCUGCCUUCGACUUCAAGAAUGUUUCUAUAGUUGGACAUUAUGUGAAGAACCAAACAAAAGAUGCGCAGUUUAAAAUAAUAAGCCUUAGGAAUAACAUGUUUGAAUUGGCUGACCAACUUGUUGGGAUCUACAAAACUGAUAAUUGCACCAAAAGCAUUACCAUCAAUCCAGACAGUUUUGUGGUGUGUGAAAACGCUGCUUGAUGCUUGCGGGUUUCAUCUUUUGAAGUAAGCAUGCAAGAACGAGAGGAUGCCAGGAGACGUUGGGAGGAUAUUGUUUGUUUUUUGACCAUGGAAAAAGUUAAGAGCCCUUAAAGUCCUUCUAGUUGAUCUGUUAAUUGCUGAAGUAGGAAGUCAAAGAAUUUUGUUGAAUAUAGAAUGGAUUGUUGU